UUCCUUUAAAAAUAUUAUGAGAAGUUGCAUAAAAUCAUAGGAGUAAAUAGAAUUAUAAAAGAAACUAUGGGCCACGGAUGGGCUGGAAAAAAUUAUUAACACAGGUUAAAAAAUAGUAUCUGAGUCAAUUUAAGCAAUCAGAGAUCAACCCAAGUUUCAGCCUCACCCAAAUGUUAAAAUGUGUUAUCGUUAGAGGAAUGAAUUUAAUUUACAUUCUGGAAAUGGAAAAGGUUAUAACCCUGUCUCUGAUUAAUGUAAUAACGACAGUGUAAGGUUUAAGAUUUUUUUGUGCAUCUAUAAAAUAGGUUUUUAAGUGUCAACUGGCAAAAGCUGGUCCUGGGAACUGAGGGACUUCUUGUGGAUAGCCAAAAUUUAUUUGUUCUAGUUUGAACUGCAGAGGCGCUAUUGUCUAGUGCUUAGUCAAUAGUUUGAGUAAAAAUGCAUAAAUAAAUUAAGCUGAAAACAAAGUCUGAAGUAUGACCGAGUGUUAAGGAAAGGUGGGAGAUGUGGCGUUUUCCAGGUAGAGAAAGGGGCAUUCUAGGCAGAAGGAGCAGUAGACGCGCAAAAGUAGACAACACAUCCCGGGAACACUAGGUAAUCUGGUGUGACUGGAGGAAAAUGGAACCUCAGCUGGCCAGGCUAUGUGGGUUACUGUAGAGCAUCCGGCCCAAGAAGUCUCCCAGCUUUUCCCCUUUUCCCCGCUUGUACCCCAUUCCCGGUUUCCCUUUCCCGCUCUCUGCUGGCUCCGCCCCUCCGACAUUGCCCGUAUCCCCGCCCCCUGGGAAAAGCGCUGGGCCGGAGGCGGAGCCUCGGUGGUCAUCUUACCACACUUUCCUGUAGGCGAGCGGGGGUUGAUGGUUUGGCGCCGUUUGAUGACGUCACUAUCAUUGACAGCACGAGGCGGUGGUGCUGCCUCAGUGGUGAGCCGCGGGCUGAGUCUGAGUUGAGCUCCCGACUGGCCAGGGUCCCUUCACAGGGCGCGGCGGGGAGUCCAGGAGUUUGCAGCGUCGUGAGGCUGGGGGAGGAGUUUGGAGGCCCAGGAGCCUGUCUCCGGAAUCAAGGUGCAGCAUGUCUGGCCUGGGGGCCUUGGGUGGCGCCCGCGCCGGGCUGGGAUUGUUGCUGGGCACCGCCGCGGGCCUUGGAUUCCUGUGUGCCCUGUACAGCCAGCGGUGGAAACGGACCCGGCACCAUGCCCAGAGCCAGAACCAAAACCAGCCCAACUCCCUGGACUAUACGCAGACUUCAGAGCCCGGACACCAGGUGAGGCCGUUGCGGGCAGUCCCAGGUGAGGCUGGCGAUGCUGCGGUGCUGCAUGGCCUUCCGCGAGAAGGGCAGGAGGAGGUGCUGGACCGCCUGGAGUCUGUGCUGAGCAGUCUGGUGGCGCUGCGGCGGGAGGUGGAGGAGCUGAGGAGCAGCCUGCAGGGACUUGCUGGGCAGAUCGUAGGGGAGGUCCGAUCCCACAUAGAAGAGAGCCAAAAAGUGGCUCGGCGGCGAAGAUUCCUGUUUGCCCGGGAGAGGAGCGACUCCACCGGCUCCAGCUCUGUCUACUUCACGGCCACCUCGGGAGCCACGUUCACAGAUGCUGAGAGCGAAGGCGGUUACACAACAGCCAAUGCUGAGUCUGACUAUGAGCGGGACUCUGAAAGAGAGAGUGAUGAUGACGGAGAAGAUGAAGUGAGCUGUGAGACUGUGAAGAUGGGGAGAAAAGAUUCUCUGGACCUGGUGGUGGAGGUGGCUUCGGGCCUGGUGUCCGCAGCCCUGGAGGCCGGAGGCUCCCCUGGCCCAGAAGAUGUGCUGCCCCUCCUGCAGCAGGCAGACGAGAUGCACCGAGGCAGCGAGCAGGACAAGCAGGAGGGCUUCCAGCUGCUGCUCAACAACAAGCUAGCGCAUGGAAGCCGGCAAGACUUUCUCUGGCGCCUGGCCCGGGCCUACAGCGACAUGUGUGAGCUUGCUGAGGAGGCAAGUGAAAAGAAGUCCUAUGCCCUAAGUGGAAAAGAAGCAGCAGAGGCCGCUCUGGAGAAGGGGGAUGAGAAUGCUGAAUGUCACCAGUGGUACGCAGUGCUUUGUGGCCAGCUGGCUGAGCAUGAGGGCAUCCAGAGACGCAUCCAGAAUGGCUUUAGCUUCAAGGAGCAUGUGGACAAAGCCAUUGCCCUCCAGCCGGAAAACCCCAUGGCUCACUUUCUCCUUGGCAGGUGGUGCUACCAGGUCUCUCACCUGAGCUGGCUAGAAAAAAAAACUGCUACAGCCUUGUCUGAAAGCCCUCUCUGUGCCACUGUGCAGGACGCCCUCCAGAGCUUCCUAAAGGUGGAAGAACUACAGCCAGGAUUUUCCAAAGCAGGAAGGGUAUAUAUUUCCAAGUGCUACAGAGAACUAGGGGAAAACCCUGAAGCUAAACAGUGGAUGAAGUUGGCCCUGGAGCUGCCAGAUGUCACUAAAGAGGAUUCAGCUUUCCAGAAGGACCUGGAAGAACUGGAAGUAAUUUUAGGAGACUAAUCACAUUUCAAUAGCCUUUAUGACUUGAGAGGGUGAAAGAAAUCAGGAAACUGAGCAAGACUGGUUGAGGGAGGGGCCUGACCGCUACCAUUUCCCAAUUUCUUCCUAUUGUCCACUGGUUAAUUUAUUCUAAUCCCUUACCUAAUCUGAAAUUGGGGAAGUACGUGAGGCCUGGUUCCUGUUCUCUCCCUAAAGCGAAUUCUUGAAAAAUCAAGACUAGUAUAACACCACCUUCCUAGGGCUGAGUGUGGGUAGAGCACUGAGGCUGGCUUCCAGCUGCUGGUGAGGUGGAUGACUUUCAGGAGCUAGAGGAACAACACACAGAACUCGUACUCUAAUCUUUUCCACUGAUUAAUACUCAGCACCAAAGUAUGUAGUCCUAAGAUCAUACCCUAACCUACUAGGGUAAAAGGAAGGCUUAGGGCAGUCCAUGGGUCUUGUCUCUUACCUAUCAUGUGGAUUCAAACUGUAUUCCUGGGCCGAGGGGCUGGACCACUUGGCUUCCAGAGUCCUGGCAGCUUUUUGGAACAACAGCAGUGCAUAAGACUUAGGAGACUGAAAAUGGUGAUGUGAGGAGCUGCCUGGAAUAUAUUUUGGUACAAACUUGAAAUAAACCAAAUUAACUAGAAA